AUGAGGGGUAUAUGGGCGCUUCCGGCCGUCUUGCGCAUUGCGCUCGCUAGCCAACAUGCAUUCAGCGUCUUUGACGACUUGCUCGCUUUCCCUCAAUAUGAGGUCUUGUGGCCGGAUACGUUCGUGACAGAAAACGAUGCGACAGCCCUUCUCUCCCACGCAUCGCCUAGCUCGAGUUCGGCGACGGCAGGGUCGCAGGAAACCCAGGAACUUUCGAAGCGCGAUAAGCCAGCGGCGGAUAUACCACCCGCAGAUGAUGCACUCGAGCAGACAUAUGAAGCAAUCGUAUUACACGGACAGCGAUAUCUAUGCAGCAUACCAACGAUACCAGAGAAAACCCUGCAAAACAGCACCACCUCUGCUGCAGAAGCCAAGGCUGAAGAGGAGAAGGAGCUUAUGCGAGCGACGGAUCGAGGAUGGGAGCUUCUUGAGGGUAUGCGGGGUAACUGCAUAUACUACCUAAGCGGCUGGUGGAGCUAUAGCUUCUGCUACAAGGACGAGGUCAAGCAGUUCCACCAGCUGCCGCCGGGUCGUGGCGUCCCUAUUUACCCCCCAGUGGAAGACACGAGCGUGCAUAGCUUUGUGCUUGGGAGAUAUCCCAAGGAAGAGAAGAACAAGAAAGGCGACGCGCGUAAGACGCUCGGAAGCGAACAGGGCAGCAAGGAGACUUUCGAUGAUGAGGAUCAUGUAAAGGACGACGACGAAGAGAAGGGCCUGGAAGUUCCCAGGUUAGAAACAAAGGGUUCAAGCAGAUACAUGGUGCAACGUCUGUCCGACGGCACAGAGUGCGAUUUGACAGGCAGGCCCCGCAAGAUUGAUGUUCAGUUCCAUUGCAACCCACAGUCCGCCGAUCGAAUUGCUAUGAUCAAGGAGACGAGCACCUGCUCCUACCUCAUGAUUGUUGACACACCACGCCUCUGCAACGAUGUCGCCUUUACCCCACCGCAAGAGAACCUUGCACACCCCAUUACCUGCAAACCCGUCAUACCAGAGUCCGAAGUCGAUUCGUGGACGGCUGCGCAGGCCUCCGCCAAGAUAGCGGCAGCUGAGCGCCUCAUCGCCACCGAGAAUGCCGAUGACGUCAACACCAACCCCAUACGCGACGCGACUGAUGGCCUUGAGGGCACUACGAAGCGCGGGCCCAUCAUCGGCGGGAUCGAAGUCGGUGCCAAGACGCUUGUUGGUACCGAAGGCAAGGUCAUCGAAAAGUCUGUCGUGGUCGGUGGUGGAAAGGAAACCUUCAUUGCCACGGUAGCCAGCAGCGAUGGUAAACAAAUGUCCAAGGAGGAGAUGAAGAAGUUCAACAUUGCCGAUCCCAAGGAUGUAGAGACAUUCAAGGUCAACCUGAAGAAGCUGGCUGGCAAGAAGGGGUGGAAGUUAGUUCUGGUUGACACACCACACGGCAGGGAAUUCCGAGGUAUUAUUGAUACCGACGAACAGGUUGGCGAGAAGACGAAGAAAAAGACUACGAAGAGCAAGGAUGAUGAUGGUGCAGGUAUGGGGAAAGAGAGGGAGAGGGAGCAGGCUGAUGAAAAGGGCGAAGAGGAAGAGGCUCAGGAAGGGAGUGAGGAGGUAUACAAAGAUGAGCUGUAG